AUGUUCCGGAAGUACAUCAUGUGGGACAUCCCAGUGAGAUGGCGCCAACGUGCAAUCUUGGGCGCAAAAGGGUUCAAAACCUUAGCCUGUUUUGGCUAUGGAAUCUCUGCUGGUUUGCUUCUCUACUUCCUCUCCAUCGAUUUAGCAUCGGUCUUUGCUCUCACGACCUUUGCUCUGAACUUCGUACCGGAGGUGGGUCCCUUCAUUGCCAUGGUCCUGCCUUGCCCGGUGAUCCUCUUCGAUAGUCGAUUGGAGAGACCAAUGCUAACCCUGCUGACUGCGAUCAUCGGACAGUUGGCCUUGAAGUUUUCCUUCAGCAACGUCAUCGAGGCCGUUUUGAUUCAUUGGACUGCUGAUUAUGCUGAUUGCUGCGCUUGGCAAAUGGAGGUGAAGUUGAUUGAGAGUGAUAAGAAGCUUCGGAUGCAUCCUGUGAUGAUCUUGCUGCCGAUCGGCGAAGUGGAAGUCAAAGUCGAAGUUGCACAGUCCGUGGGCAUCUUCGGAUAUUUGUGGGGCCCCACUGGGAUGCUGCUUAGUGUGCCCUUGAUGGCUUUGAUGAAGAUCGCGCUUUUCUCUGAGCUGGUGCCGUCCAGCUACCGCGAUCCCAUCUUGGUGAUCUUGGAAGGUGAUCGUAGUGCCCCUCAGAAGCACGGCCUGAAGGCAGGCACACGGUGA